CCAAUUAAAUGCAUCUGUUUAGGGCACUUUCAAAUGGCGGUGAGAAUUCUAUCGUGUGGGAGCAAAGUGAGUAGACAGGACAUUUAAGAGAGAGAUAUGGUGACCUGAAUUACAAUUGACACAUGCCGAAUUGCAGCGAAGACUGUAGAGACUGAGAAAACGUCACCCGGCACAGCCUGGUAAUGCCAAAACGCAUGCGAAACCUCUGGGGCCUCCAUCACCCCGUUGAUUGAUUAGCGCGGCGGUCGUUAACAUCUGAGGAGCUCCUCGGGGGCGGGCAGCGUCUCCCGGCGGCCCUGAUCUUCUGCUCUUUGAGCUGCUGCCAAGGUUUCAGGUGACAAACGCUCUGUCACUCCAAGAAGAUGAGAUGACUGGCAGUCUUGGCGGCGGGAGGGGGGUGAGGAGGAAGGCGGAGGAGGCGGUGAGGCGAUAAAAAGGGAUGGAGCAGGAAGUGCAGGCAGAUCCACAAAACGACGAAGACGCUUUGGAAGUGACUGUGACAGACAUGCCUGAGCUCCAGGAGCCUGCCAGUGAUGGUGAUCGAGAUACAGCAGCGCCUCCUGCUGACACCAAAGCAAACUCUGAGCCAAGCGACGAGUUGCCUGCUGAUGAUGUCGCUCCGGGUGAGGACCCUCAGCUAUCCGAGCUGACCGGCCUGUUUACGAUCAAGCCGGAGAGCGCCACUGCCACCAAAGGGCAGGAUGUGACAUUCUCGGCCAAAGUGGACGCGUCCACCCUGGUGAGGAAGCCUACCAUGAAGUGGCUGAAGGGCAAGUGGCUUGACCUGGGCAGCAAAGCUGGCAAGCACUUGCAGUUCAAGGAGACCUACGACAGGAACACAAAGAUCUACACGUACGAAAUGCGAAUUGUGAAAGUGGUGGACGGCGACGCGGGCGGCUAUCGCUGCGAGGUGACCUCCAAGGACAAGUGUGACAGCUGCACCUUUGAGGUGUCCGUGCAGGCUGUGGAAGAGCAGCACCAGGACAACAUUUUGGAGGCCUUUAAACGAUCUGGCGAUGCAAACGAGGAUGCCGGUGACCUGGACUUCAGCGCUCUGCUCAAAAAAAGGGAGAAGAAGCAGCAGCAAGCCCCCCGCGAAGACGUGGACGUUUGGGACAUCCUGAAGGCGGCCAAGCCGUGCGACUACGAGAAGAUCGCCUUCGAGUACGGCAUCACCGACCUCCGCGGAAUGCUGAAGAGGCUGAAGAAGAUGAAGACGGUGGAGCCCAAAAAGAGCGAUGCUUUCCUGAAGAAGCUGGAGCCUGCCUACUCGGUGGACAAGGGCCGCAGGAUCCAGCUGAGCGUGGAGGUGGCCGACCCUAACGUCCCCAUCAAGUGGCUCAAAAACGGACAGGAGAUCAAACCCUCGGCCAAGUACGUGUUCGAGAGCGUGGGCAACCGGCGCACGCUCACCAUCAACAAGUGCAACCUGUCAGACGACGCGGCCUACGAGUGCGUGGUGGGUGAAGACAAAUGUUUCACCGAGGUCUUCGUCAAAGAGCCACCUGUGACCAUCACAAAGCUUCUGGACGACGUCCACACGGUGGUGGGCGAGAAGGUGGAAUUCGAGGUGGAGGUCUCCGAGGAAGGGGCGCACGUCAAAUGGAUGAAAGAUGGCGUGGAGCUGACUAAAGAGAGCGCGGCUUCCAAGUACAGAUUCAAGAAGGAUGGCAAGAGGCACAUUUUGAUCAUCAACGAUGUCACCAAGGAGAACAUCGGCACCUACUUCGCCUUGACCAACGGUGGAGAGUCCAAGGCUGAGCUGGAAGUGGAAGAGAAGGAACUGCAGGUUCUGCAGAGCAUCGCCGACCUGACGGUGAAGGCCAGCGAGCAGGCCGUGUUCAAGUGCGAGGUGUCUGAUGAGAAGGUGACGGGCAAGUGGUUCAAGGACGGUGUGGAGGUGCAACCCAGCGAGUGCAUCAAGAUGACACACAUUGGAAGGACACACAAGCUGACGAUCAGCGACGUGAAGCCCUCCGACGUGGGAGAUUAUACCUUUGUUCCCGACGGCUAUGCACUCUCCCUGUCGGCCAAGCUCAAUUUCCUGGAAAUCAAGAUUGACUAUGUUCCCAGACAAGACCCUCCCAAGAUCCACUUGGACACGAGCGCGACAGGGAGCAAGAAUACCAUCACGGUGGUGGCCGGCAACAAACUCCGCUUUGACGUGGAGAUCUCGGGGGAUCCCCCGCCGCUGGUGUGCUGGAUGAAGGGCGACGAGACGGUGAGCGACAUGGAGGGGAGAGUCCGCGUGGAGACCAAGAAGACCCUGAGUAGCUUCGUCAUCCAGGGGGCGGAGAAGGAGGACGAAGGCUUCUACUCACUCACCGUCACCAACCCCGCCGGAGAAGACAAGGCAGAGCUCUUCGUCAAGGUCGUGGAUGUGCCCAACCCUCCCGAGAACGUCAAAUGCACAUCGGUGGGCGAGAACAGCGCCACCAUCGAAUGGAAGCCACCCAAAGACGAUGGCAAUGCAGAGAUCAUCGGCUAUACAAUUCAGAAGGCCGACAUGAAGACCAAGGAUUGGUUCACUGUGUACGAGCACAACCGGCGGCCCAACUGCACCGUGUCCGACCUGGUCAUUGGUAACGAGUACUCCUUUCGAGUCUUCAGCGAGAACGUGUGCGGCCUGAGCGAGGAGCCUGGCGUCAGCAGCAGCACGGUGCUCAUCUGCAAGACGGGUUUGGACUGCAACCUUCCACCCUUCAAAGAGAAAGACCAGAGUGCUUGCCCAAAAUUCACAGCACCCCUAGUGGACCGGAGUGUGGUGGCGGGCUACACAACGGCCAUCAGCUGCGCCGUGCGCGGCUACCCCAAGCCCAAAAUCAUCUGGAUGAAGAACAAGAUGAUCAUCGGCGAGGACCCCAAAUUCCUGAUGCAGAACAACCAGGGCGUGCUGACGCUGAACAUCCGCAAACCCAGCCUGUACGACGGCGGCCGCUACUCCUGCAAAGCCAUCAACGCUCUCGGCGAGGACGAGGUGGAGUGCAAGCUGGAGGUCCGAGUGGUCAAGGAGAAGGAAGACGUGAAAAAAUGAGGAUGGAUCCGACCGGACGACCCGCUGAGCAAAUAUGAUUUCAUGUGCCGUCAACUGUUAGUUUCACAUCUUUGUUUGAGGAUAAGGUCCUUGAAGUACAUCUGCUGCUGUCAUCUCUCUUUCUGCUCUUACUUGCGUUGCCACCGGCACUUCCUGUCACGUGGUGGUUGAAUGUCGGGAUCAAAAGUCAAGAAUUAAAUUAGAACAAUUCUUCAAAGGCGGCAAAAGGACUUGAUUUGACCUUGUUUCUCUUUGCUGUCGUCAUCUGCGGAGGUUGAAAACAGUGACGAUUCUGUUUUGACAAAGUAAGGCGUACAAAGUACAGAUGUUCCUUUUCAAAUGGAGUAAGGGAGUAUAAGUACAAAGCCCUCAGAAAAACAAAAAAGUUCAGACAAUUCAAAAAAAUCUACACAGUGGUGACUUGAAUUGAAUUUGUUCCGUGACCCCAUUCGUAACCCAAAACAGUCGUAAAUUAUUUUUUCCCAAUUGAAAUGAAUGGAAAUUACGUUAUUCCGUUGCAGCCUGGAAAAAAAACCACAAACAAAAGUGAUUUUGAAGAUGAAAAAUUGCACUCUAAAGUGUUGUACUUAAUCAAAAUGUACAGUAUCAACAUAAUAGGACAUACAUUUUUUUAAUGAAUUACAUUGAGCAGCUCCUUCUGUUUGGGAUCAGGUUUAAAAAAAAAAAUACUCAACUUCUGUAUGUGAGACACUCACUAAACGUAGUUGGUUUGUCAGAGGAUAAAGAAUCUAUGAGUACGAUAAUAUUGCCUAUCUCCACGUGUUGCUGCACUGUUUGUGUUCAGAUACCUGUUGCCAAAAAGUGGUGCGACACCACGACGUUGAUGCCAUUGGCGUUAGCCUGUAUAUGUCAUUUUGUAUUGUGUGUUAGCAUUAAGCUAGCAGACUUUUGUAAGAUGGUGAUCGAGUUUAAUUAAAUACGCAACAUGUAAUCCUCCUUGCUCCAAUUUUGAAGUCAAGGGACCACUGGAUCUGUACUUGCUUGCUUCCCACCACUUUCUUGCUUAGAAGCUAAUAAAGCUAUGAUGCGCGCGCACACACACACACACGGUGUUGAGUGUUGACCCUUUGGUGCAAGCAGCGGGUAUCGGGGUCUCAUUAGGACGGAACACGAGAUGCUCAUUAAGGCACCCCGACAACAGCGGCCUAAUUAGCCCUCGCUCUCUUUUUUUCUCCGCUCUUUCCCGCGUCACCACUAAGCAAACCAAUUAAGCGCUAAUUCGCGCGGCCGCAAAACAAACACGCCCCAGCCAAGAGGGAGGACGGUGAAACCCUAGCAGAGGUGACCGCUCCAACCAAAACAACCAAAUCAUGUUGGAUCGUCGCUGAGAAGGGAACUAAAUAAAUA